UUGAGACAGUAAAAUGUAAAAUUAUGAUUGAAAUUUUUUUUUGCAAUAUUUUUUAAGUAAAAACUCAGCAACCCCCAGUGGGUUGUUGGCUAAAUUCCAAUAUUGAUCACACUUAAUAUGCAUACAGGUAAAAAAAUAUUUAAACAUGUUUUACCCAUUAUCUCUUGUUUUGGCCUCUAAAUAUUUGCAUUUGGAUCAAUACGAGGCACUGUUCGCCAUUAGUUUUCGGUUGAAGAACAACUUUCUUUAGUAAAGUUAUCAGAUAAAUAACUAGUUCUAGAAAAAGCUCUACUAUGACAAUACUACAAUUUCUAAUAAGAACAGGAAUCAUACCAGUAUCUGAAGAGGAUAAUGGAGAUUGGAAGUUUAAAUUUCUAUCUUAUAAAACUGUAGUGGCCUACAUUCUAUGGUUUAUCAUUCCUGCAGCAAUACCUGUUAAAAACCUAAUUGCUGACUUCAUUUUAAACAUGGCUUUAUUUCAACAAAAUUCAACAGUUGUACAAAUGACAUCGCUAGUUUUCUUAGUUAUGAGAAUUAUAAUACCCUUUGCCUCACCAAUUCUAGUAUCUAACAUUGUUGAGAAGGCAAAACUUGACCCAUCUGCUAAAUCAAUCACAAAAAUGCCAUGGAUUAUUGCAUUUGUCUUAACCAACUUUGCUACCAUUGCCAUUAGUGUUUACCACAUGAUCAACCAAAAUUUUAACUAUGUAUGGAUAUCUCAAACAGCAAUUAAUAUUUCUUUCACUUGCAAUUCCACCAUAAUCAUGCUUAUUGUCAACCUUGUUUGCAAUGAUCUCAUAGAAUAUGUGAGCACAUUGGAAAACAUUCAAGAAGUAGACAUUCUAAUUGAAAAGUCUUUUACAGCUGUAAAGAAGCUGCAAAGGGUUCAAAAGGGGUUUAGUCCUUUUUUAUUCUUCUUACUACCUUACAUGUUCACUUUUUGCAUAUUCUAUACAUAUUUUAUUUGUACUGGACUUCUUAAAAAUCCUGAACAUGUGGAAGGUUUAAUACCACUAAUGCCAUUCACACUGAGCUGUCUUCUUUUUUUGUGUUACAUAUUCAGCUUCUGUGAUGAAAGUUGUUUAGCUCUGUCGUCAAUUAGUGACAAGCUGAGGGUUUUCAUCCUUGAAAAUGAUCAAACUAAAGAAAUGGAGCACCAAAAACUUGGAUUAGUUAUUGAUAUGAUUGAAAGUCAAAAGGCAUUUGAUGCCAUGGGUUUCUUCUACGUGGACAAGACAACAUUCAUGGCAAUGAUAAGCAAUUUAACCGCCUACCUAGUAAUUCUCAUGCAAUUCUGAGUGUUCUGAAAUAUAACAGUGAACCUGGUGGUACAGAGGUUUAAUUUACUGGAGCUAAUAACUGAUGAAGUAACAGAAAAAAUUAAAUCUGUUUAUUGCAAAGUGUGUUUCACUAUUCUGAAAGAUCAUAUUGAUCAAAUUUUUUUCUUAUUACUAUGUGCUAUUAAUGUUCUUUUCUUCUUAACUCAUAUCAUGAUAUAAUUUUCUUAGUAAUGUUUUAGAACAAUGAGUUCUAGAUGAACAUCAGUAAUCAUCCCAUUAGUUUUAUUACGACUGAAACUUUCUCAGUGAAAAUGUCAAAUCCUUAUUGCACAUGCAACAAAUUAUACAGGUGCAAAUAAACAGCAUUAUUCAUUAAAGAAAAAAACUAAUUGGAUAAUCAACGAAUUAAAAAAACAUCAUGUUUUAAAAAAAAUGUCACAUGACUAUAGAAAGAUGUGUCUCGAACCACUUAACAUUGUUCCUUUGUACAAUUUUCAAUAUUUAAAAAGUCGUCCUAUUUUUUUUAAUCCUUUUUAUAAUUUUAAUAUUUUUUUUGACAUCAUUCAUUUUGAAAAAGUUUUUUUGAUAACCUUUUUUUGUGCAUUUGUGCAAAACACUAACCAAUUAUGAAAAUUGUUUAACAUUUGUAAGGUGCCACACAAAUUUGAGCCUGAUCAGUUUGGCAAUUUUGGACCUUUUCUUGUUGGAUUAAUAUGUGAUAUAAACAAAUAAUUUGAAAUAUUUUUUAAAUAACAGGAUUUUUGGACUUAAUUGAAAUUCAUAGUUUCAGGCUCUGUAAAAUUCUUAGAAAUAUCGAUUUAACUCAACUCCUAAGAUUAUCUUAAUAAGGUGAACAGCCUCUAAAGGCUGGGAAUUUUAAUUCCAAACCUCAAAAAGUGAAGCACAAAAUUUGUGUAUAAUCUUUUUGUUUUUAGCUCUAGAUGUCAUAAAUAAAGAGUUUUAUAAUAUGUGUACACUGUUUUAGUAAAAAAUCCGUUUACCACUUCUCAAAAAUCAGCUACAGAUUAAAAUUCAUUAAUUGUCUUUAUUGUUCAGAAAAGCAUAUAAGAUUGACAAUCGAACAAUCGGAGUGCUUAAUAUUUGAACUCAAUAACUCACUAGAUAAUAACUUUCCACACUUCAGAUUUUAUUACAAAAAAGGCCUUAAAAUAUCUGAAGUUUGAAAGUAUGUCUUGUUAUAAUA